AUAAAAUCAGAAUCGCGAGAUACAAACUCCCAUUUAUGAUUUUAAAAAAGUAAUUGCAUAUUUGUACCACGCAAUUUUGAGGAAAAAAGCAAAAUUCCAAAAUGUAAACUUACAAUUGGGAAUAAAAAAGUCAGAAUUGCAUAUUUCUAUCACGCAAUUCCGAGGAAAAAAAAAGUUAAAUUCCGGAAUGUGAACUUGCAAUGGCGAGGAAAAAAAGUCAGAAUUGCCAGAUGCAAACUCGCGUUAGCAUUAAAAAAAAGUCAUUUCAUAAUUUGUAUCACGCAAUUCUGAGGAGAAAAGUCAAAAUUCCAAAAUGUAAAAAAGACAAAAAAGUCAGAAUUGCAAAUAAAAUCUCACAAUUGCAGUUACCUUUUUUAAUGUUUAUUUGGUGUCGGAAAUUGGCUUCCAUUCCAUGUUUUAUUACUUUUGCAUUAAAUUUCCAACUAAUUUACACUGCUGUGUGGGUGUUUUUAUAACAACAGCUAAGGGAGUGACAACAAAUUUGAGUUCUUGUAUAAUCUAUAAUUUUCUAUUUUCAAAAGUCUUUUUAGAAAUGCUAUUAUUUUUGUCAUUUCCAUUCACCACUAUAGAAGUUUACCCAACUAUAUAACGACUUAUGCUUCUGAUAACCCCAGAAAUGUGAAAAGGGUCCAUUGUUUUUCUUUUACCGCCCGAGAUUUUUUUCAGCACGCACAACAACCUACCUGCAAACAAAAUCUGUGCGUGUGAAUGUCAGAGCUGUCAGUCUUCCACAUGAUUUGACUGCAGGUCGUCUCGUGGGUUACCUAACCACCAUCUCUGAGCUCAUGGAGAGAGACAAUCGCCACAUGACCGACCCCACAGUAUGACCCGUGGGCCUAAAGACGUUUGUCAAAUCCAUGGACCGUCUUAAUCCUGUUGAUGGAUUAGAGCGGUGUUCUGAUCCUAUGCCGGUGAGACGGACCGACGUAGUCCAUUCACUCAACCAAUCAGAGAAUGAGCAGCAGUCGGUUAAUGCCACUGUGUACGUGUACUUGUGUGAGUUCUGUCUCAUACUCUCAUCCAUUCAAGCACAGCAGAGCGAGGAGGACAACACCUGGACAGUCAUCCUGAACCUUCCAAAACACAUUUCAUUCAGAUACAAAUUCAACCACCUUCCGGCAUGUUCUCCCAAUACAAAAUCUUCUCGUUGAUGAACUGCCUGUUACUACUAACUGUGAUGCUUCCUGUGGUCCAAUCGCGUCGGGGCGGGGGCUUCGGCCGUGGUGGAGGUAGAGGUGGAGGAUGGGGCGGCACCAGCUCUGGCCGCGCGGGCUGGGGAGGCGGCGCCGGCGGCGGCGCUGGACAUUACCGUGCCCCACCCACCCAUACUGGAGGCUCCUCGGGACACAGCGCUGGGAAGGUAGCAGGGGCGGCCGCCGCUGGAGCUCUAGGGGGAAUGCUGGUUGGACACGGGUUGAGCUCCUUGGCCCGACCUGGAUAUGGGUACGGGCACGGGUAUGGAGGAUACGGAGGCUACGGUGCAGGGUAUGGGCACGGGCAUGGCCACGGCCACGAGUACGGCCACGGACAUGGGCACGGACACGGGCAAGGGCAUGGACAUGGACACGAAGGACAUGUUGGUCAUGUUCACAACGAGACAGAUGUGGAUUAUUACACAGAUGCUGCCAGUUCUGGACCCAUUUAUAAUUGUGUGACAGUUUUUGGACUCGUGAUAUCAUUCUUGCUUGGGUACUUUCUGUCAUAAGGGCCACUUUGGCACUUGUCAUGGGUGAUUCUUGCGCAUCUGUCACUACAAAAAUAGUCUACAAAAAUGUGUGACAUGCAGUAUUAAAACAUGGACUAAAUGCAAUUAAACAGCACUACCAUGGAUUUCAUUACACUCGGUGCAUGAUCUCUGCCCAAGUUUUGUGUUAAAAUGACAGAACAAGGUUACAUUUGCUUGAUUGGCAUUUUGAACAAACAGACUGCUUCCAAUGUUCCCUCUGUUUUUUGUUUUUUUGCCUCUGAAAUGCGAGUUAUGAGUCAGAAGCAUGUACUUUUUUUUUCAGAUUUUUAUAAAUGAAUAAUUGUAGUUUUUUUAAGAUUUAGUUUAUGUGAAUAAUGGCAUUUUGUAUGGGAAGCAUGUAGAUUAUUAUCUAAACAGAAUCGCAAAGCAUCAUGUAUAUAUAUUUUUCCUUUAUAUUUACACACACGUUUAUUGAUUGUUGUCUUCUGAGCCGUUUCAACCUUCUCAAUGAUUUAAUCUGUUUGUUCCUGCCAUUUACGUCAGCGAGCAUUCAAAAUAAAACAAGGCUUAUGGGAAAAUCACAUUAAAACAUAAUAAGCUUGACGAAGUGUGUCGAGUCGAGAGCAAAUCUUGUUAAAGGGCUCGGGCGCUCUCUACCUCACUUCCCCGAGCCCUUUAACAAGCGGCUGAUUGUCUUAAACCAAUAAGAUUCCAUUGCUUUUGCUUGUACACAUUCUUAGAUUUGUUUAUCAGUAUGUAUGUAUAUUUUUGUACUGCUAAUAUAAA